AUGGAUCAGGUGGCACAACGUGUUAGCCCACGGCGUUGCGGUGCUGCUGUGAGGAAGAACAAAAAGCAUAUCGUAAGAGGUCCUAACUGUGAGGAGGGUGAGGAUUUUGAAGGUUUCAUCAGGUAUGCCAAUCGCGUAAGAAUGGAUGAUGCACAAUUUGCUACAUUGAAACAGCUAGUUGACAAGCACAUGCCAAGAAAGCCACCGUAUGUCUGCACGAUCAAAAAAUCAAACGUCGUGAAGAAUAAAGCAAAAAUGUACUUCUCGAGGGGAUUCACACUAAACCACAUUGCUAGGCAUACACAGCUACCAGCAGAAAUAGAAGUUUAUUCAUCGAAUACUAAAAUUGCAACAGUUAAGAUGGUGAUGAGCAAGUCACAGGUCAAUGGAAAAGGCAAAGGAGGUGCCAUGAUAACAACAAACUGGAUGGAGGUUGUGAAGAAGACUAAUAUGAGAGUUAAAAAUGUGUUUGUGUUCUGGUUCCGUGGUAGCCGCGGUGGUGGUCUCAAGCUUCUGGUUGAUAUUCUCUGA